AUGCCUGGUUUGGAAAUUCCCGGCGAGUUUCUUCGGCAUGCAGUUCUUGACACCGUCGUGCCUUAUGCGCCGACGGUCGAUAUUGAAGGUUCCUUGACCGCGGCUUUAGAAGACGGAGCCGAUGACCUUCCCUCCGUGUUGGCUUCAAUUUCUCAGCGGCCACUGUUAUUUUUCGACGAAUUUCUGCCCGUCCGCAUCGUCUUGCGACUCUCCGACUGCACAGAGACAACCCUCAAACAUUACCUCCCCCGCCUCGAAGUCAAACUCGAUGUUUAUGCCGUGGACCCAGCAGAGAAUGUCGCCGAGAAUCCCACACCUACCCGUGAAGUGAUUUUCUCGGGCCUGGUGAACACCGAAGAGGAACCACUAGUGGUGUUCAACGAAUUUGAAGGCGAGGAUGGGAUAGGAAAUCAUGUAUAUCUGAUAUGGACUACUGAGACCGUUCUCAAGCGUCCUCGCAACCGAAUCCAGAAUCCGUCGCUUUUGUUUAUGGCCUCCGCAAGUCUAAAUCCCGCUGAGGCCGCACGACAAGAAGACCCGGAAGACGACUACCUCCCUCCACUCGUACCCGCAUCUACAAAUAUGCUACAGCCUUUAGCCGGUGAUAAAUCGCUUACACACAGAGAGCCCUUUCUCCCCGCCUCGCGACUCAACAGCAUGGCCACCCUUUUCGAGUCGUCCCCGCCGCAAGCGCUAGGAUUCGCUACUCCCGUCUCAAUAACUAUACUGGCCUCCCUUACAACCAUCGCCAGUUUGGAUUUUGAGAUCACACCUUACGUGAACAGUGAAGUGGUAUUCGACAAAGCAGACCUCCAGCUAUCAGAAGGAACACUUGAAUCCCUUUCCGAUACCCCAGGUCUAUCUCUCCCUCUCACAUGUCGCCCCAGAGAUGAUGUGACCUUGGUUUAUAAGCUGACACCCGAAUACGGCCCCGAGACCAAUGGCUCCUCCACAGUCAUGCUGAGCAUACUGGAUAUAGCCCUAGAGGCGGAGAUUCAGUUGUCGGAUGAUUGCAAACCUCGGAUUGCAAUGCGAUGGACGACCAAUGUUGAUUUCUCAGUGGCUUUGAACCCCACCUAUGGGGGACCUAGUCCAGCGCUACAACGGAAUAAUCGCCCGACAAGCUUAUCCAUGCCUCCGGGUAACUCGAGUCGGCCCGCGACGGCGACGGCUGCAGCGAACCGUAGCUCUCUACGCGAGCGAGCUUAUUCGGUUACAGAUAUUGGAGUGACGAUUUCCUUUUCAGGGCCCGUGAGCGUCGAAGUUGGGGCACCGUUCACCUGGAAUAUCUUUAUUGUGAACCGCUCCAACGUACCUCGGAAGUUCGCAUUGAUUGCCAUUCCCCGGCGGAAGCGCCUAGACCCACGCGGACAUACUGCGCGACCGUCCUCUGCAUCUAUCUCUAGUCGGAAGGAAGAUGGAGUGGCGGAGGCCGUGACAGAUGACAAUAUUGUACAUGCCAUGCAAAAGAGCGUUGCAGGCCAAGAGGCAGAAUUGAUUAGUCUGAGCACUGACAUUCGUGUUGGUCCCCUCUUGCCUGGCACCUGCCACGCCACAGAGAUUAAGCUACUCCCUCUGGCCACUGGGCCCCUUCAUCUUGAGGCGGUCAGAGCGGAGUCGGCGUCGCAUCAUCCACUCUGGACUUUGGAUCUGAUCUGGGGUAUCUCUCGGAUCUCUCUGAUCAUCUCCUCUCCUCCCUCCUCCCCCCUCAUCCUGUUCAACCCAGGGGUAUUCGGACCGGAGAACCAAAAUCGACCAGUGGAACCUCUGUCCCUCCCCCGACUCACAGUUUGCGUCAUACUGGCGCGCAGCAACCAGCAACCAGCUCCCACCCGGAACUUUCGCCUCAAUCCCCCAGAUCAACGGCCAACCCGCUUUUCUACCAUGAUUACUGCCACAAAGCGCAAAGUCCUUGAUGGACUCAACAGGAGAUACAUCUACGGUCGCGUGCCCCUUCUGCACACCAUCAUAUUCCUUAUCGAGAUGGCGGUAGCUACUCGGAUCGCCGCCAAAUUCAAUACCUACUAUGCCGAGAAGCCCGUACUCACAACCAUGGUCACCAACGCGGUCUUGGGCGGAGUCGCCGAUACCGUGGCCCAACUGAUAACAGCCUUUCGAUCCCGCUCGCAACAAAGAUCCGAAGGAGAAGACGGCCUCAUCUCGAUAGAAUUCGAAGACUUUGAUAAAGAGAAGCCUCCAGCAAUGGGGGAACUGGGUUAUGCGCACCGCUCGCCAUCACCGUUCGACUUUGAGCGUCUAACCCGCUUCAUGGCAUAUGGUUUCUUCAUGGCUCCGGUCCAGUUCCAGUGGUUUGGGUUCUUGUCGAGGGCUUUCCCUUUGACUAAGAAGAAUCCGACGGCGCCGGUGUUUAAGCGUGUUGCGUUUGAUCAGUUCAUCUUUGCACCAUUUGGUCUGGCGUGCUUCUUUACUUACAUGACCAUUGCUGAGGGCGGCGGAAAGCGGGCGUUGACGCAGAAAUUCCGAGAUGUCUACCUCCCGACUUUGAAGGCCAACUUUGUGCUGUGGCCGGCGGUGCAGAUCCUCAAUUUCCGGGUUAUUCCCAUCCAGUUCCAGAUUCCAUUUGUCUCAUGCAUUGGUAUUGCGUGGACCGCAUAUCUCUCGCUCACCAACUCCUCCGAGGAGUCUUGA